UUUUUAUGGGCAGUUCCCACAAAGCUGCUCACUGCUGAUCGUUGCAGACCGCUCAGACAACCCGCGUAUAACCGCACUUAUUUUACGAAAUGUCUUCAUAUUCCAUAGUAAAGUUCGAGAAUUUCAAAGGUAGAGCGUCCAAAUAUGUAUUCGUGCCGGAAUCCUGGGUGAAAUACCGCCGUCCCAUUGACAAUGUGUGUGUGAUUUAUUUGCCCGCCGACGAAGCGUCGAUAGAAGAACGCGCUAAGAACUUGGAGACACCGGCAGCCGAUUGGAAGCAGCACCUGUGUCAAGUAAAAGACAUUGCAGAUAAUUACUGCGAUGCCAUGAUUGCCACCAUGCAGUACGACGCUAAGGAUCCAGUCGUCGGUACAAGCACUGAAGAACAAACAAAGAAAGACGCACAUCUACACAACCGACAAUGGAAGACUUGGCGAACAAGUCUAGCUACAGUAUAGUAGAUGUAACCAUGGACGAGCCAAACGAUAGCAUUCUACAACCAAACGCAUCCCAGUCAUUUAUUGACAAUAGGAACAAUAUUUCAGCACAAAUCGAAAAUUAUCUCUCUCAAAUUCAAGAAGCUGGGUCUUACCUCUUAAAUUUACUAAAAGAGGACGUAGUACCAAGACGGGAAAAAAGGAUUGUCCACGUGCCGCCGGAGUUCGACGAAAAUGACACAAGAUGGACACUGAGACAUCGGCAGCCGGGCCCGGGGCUGAAAGAGCUCAUUGAAAACUCCGAAGUGUAUGUUGAGGUGGAUAAACUUAAUAGAUACACAGGUAUGGCAACUUCAAGCGAAUACCUCACUAAGGUAUUGAUGACGAUUAUUUUUACUGACGAAGCGCUGUCUUAUUGUAAUAUGUUUGCACAGAAAAAGAACAAAUUGGAUAAUAAUGCAGUGAACGUGCUGUUUGAAUUCGUAAAAGGUUUUGCUUCUAGAAAGGGUUGGCCUGCUGUUGAUUUAGUGACUUUUAACGACUGGGUACGAAGCAAACUACGAAGUAUGAAAAUUCAGUUGCUGCCCUAAGUUCUCGCGCUGGACAUUGUCAAGCACGCGUGCGCCGACGCCGGGUGGAUCCAUUAUACAUUAUCAGAUUUGUUAUUGGCUUUCGUAUGGCCAAUGGGAUAGUUUAGAGCAAGGCUCCAUCUUUCCGAUCCGUACUCCUUCUUCAGUAGAAUAAUAUUUUGUGAAACAGAUAAGUAAUUUCAGAGUUCUCCAGUAAGUGUUACACAUUUAUGUAUGUAAGCCAUAUGCAGUCCUCGGCAGCGAAUAGCUCUUUGUUUCGGUUUCUUAGAGCGGAUACAUUAAGUACGGUUUAGUUUUGAAUUCGACGGAGUAAUUUGACAGAUGAAGUGUUGCAAGCGGUACAGGAAUCCAAACAGUUAUGACGCAAAUAUCGAUAACACAAUAUCGAAAUUUCAAGUUUAUUUUAAAUAUUUUAAGUUUACUCGUGGUAGAUCUCUCAUAUGUGAGAGUCCGCCUGGCUAGGUAUCUCCGCAAUGUCUAUUUCUGCCGCCAAGCAACGGUAUGUAGACACUGUUUUGUUCCGGUUUGAAGGACAUUGUCGCCAGUGUAACUACUGGACAUACUGAGGCUUUACAUCUCAUGUCUCAGGAUGACGACCGCAGUAGAAUACCAAAUAAUACUUUGUAAUUCAAGGUGUUGUUGUUUCUACUGUUUAUCGGUCGUAUCGCUUACCAUCAGGCGAACGGCAUGCUCGUCUCGUCAUUCAAAGCAAUAAAAAAUACUCCAUCGAAUUAAAAUCUCGAGUAUAAUUGUACGUUUUUACUGAUUCUUUCUAUACCUUGAUGUUCAUUACUAAAUAUUGUACACUCAACAGCCUUCGCCGCCGUUAACACACGAUUCUAGUGCCCUAAACACGAAUACUACAGAAUUUCGCCAAAUGUUCGUAGCGGAGUACAGUUUUACAAUGCAGUACGUCUCAAAACUGAUUCCAACAGCCGAUUUGUAUUUACUCUUAACUACCAUGGGUUAACGAUUCGAAGUUUAUACGCAUCCAAUGUUCACGCUGCAGUAUUUUAGUUCUUAAUGCGCUUACGGGGUGCUGUGUAAAUUUCUAUACAAAACGUGUGUAUGUACUUAUACGCACGUAAAAAGUUAUACUUCUUUGGCGGAAGAAGAUAGAAAUCUUUCUAAAACAUUAAAAUUAAGCUAUUUUUCGUAUUUUAUUGCGGUUUUUAUGUUUUAGUGGUCACGGGGGGAAU